CAGACCACAUGUACAUUUUCUACCUCAUGACAUUUUUCUAACCCUUAUUAUAUCUUUUCUGCAAAUAACAUUAACUUAGUUCAAAAUGCCAAAAGCUAAUUCAAAAAGGUCUGCUGAAGAAGAGUUUGACACGAAAUUGCCUCAACAUCUUAUGAAAAAUGCAAUAAAAAAACAAAAACAAGACAAAAGAUUGAUAGUUAUCUUAGAAAAAGCUCAAUUGGAAUCUGUAAAGGUUAAUAACAGUUUUCAAUUGUUGAACUGCGAUGACCAUGCACAUAUUUUAAAAAAAAGUAAUCGUGAACCUGGCAGUAGUCGUCCAGAUAUAACUCAUCAGUGCCUUUUAAUGCUUAUGGAUAGUCCUUUAAAUAGAGCAGGCUUGCUGCAAGUUUAUAUUCAUACAGAAAAAAAUGUGCUGAUUGAAGUAAAUCCUCAAACUAGGAUACCAAGGACAUUUAAACGCUUUGCUGGUUUAAUGGUACAAUUACUUCACAAAUAUCAUGUCAAAUCAUCAGAGGGAAAAGUUAAAUUGCUCAAAAUUAUAAAGAAUCCAAUUACGGAUCAUUUACCUGUAGGCUGUCAAAAAAUUGCCAUGUCUUUCAGUGCUAAAAAAGUAGUCAAUCCACGUGAUUUGGUACCAUCUGAUGAGCCUAUUGCAAUUGUCAUAGGAGCUAUGGCUCAUGGUCAAAUUGAACCGAGUUACGCCGAAGACACAGUCUCAGUGAGCAACUAUCCACUUUCUGCUGCUAUAACUUGUAGUAAAAUUUGCUCAGGAUUUGAAGAAAAAUGGGGGAUAGUUUAACUUAAUGAGUUAUAAUUAAUUUCAAAGAAUUGUUUUGAAAAUGUAUAGCUAGUGUUAUAAGCGUUUAUUUUUGCAUAAAUAGUUAUAGAUUUUAUAAAUCUAACGUAUUGUACAUAUGUUCAUAGUAAAAAUGAAUGUAAAAUUGAAAA